AUGAGUAGCCUGCCCGCAUCCCGAUCGGAGUCUAGUUUUGUGAGUGCUGCAAGAAAGGUGUCUUCAAGUGCAACAAACAGCAAGUCAUCAGCGAUACCGAUCAAGAAAGAUACGAAUCGCAACAGAAAAGUAUCGGCUAUACAGCCCAGAGAAAACAGCGAGGAGAGUGAUAAAGACGACGCAAAAGAUUUUCUGAAAACAGAGCUCGCUGCCAAGCUUCGGGCUUUUGACGCAACUUGGUUUAAACAAACCGCCCAAAAAACCCCUGAAGUUUUCAUUGACAAUAAGCAAUAUGACCAGUUUGCCCGCACCAAGUGA